CUGAUCCGCUGCUGUUCUGUCUGAGUGCAGCUUUAUUUCCGCCUGUGUGCUUACAGAUCUGCUGACGCUAUACAGAUCUCUGUUCAGGAGUUUUUAUUUUUCUAAACAACUGUGUUUUAUUUUUUUCUUGUCAGUAAAAAUCAGGUGACUUUCAGACACACGAGUUUGCUGUAAGUGACUGUGUGAGAGUUUGUUUUUCAGUAAAAUGGCGGAAGCGAAUAUUUUAGGACUUCAGGAUCGUUUCAGCUGUUCAAUCUGUCUGGAUCUACUCAAGGAUCCUGUAGCUCUUUCAUGUGGACACAGUUUCUGUAUGGUGUGUAUUAAUGGCUGCUGGGAUCAGGAGGAUCAGAAGGGAGUCUAUAGCUGUCCACAGUGUAGACAAACCUUCACUCCAAGACCUGUUGUGAGUAAAAACACCAUGCUGGCUGAAGUAGUGGAGAUGCUGAAGAAGACAGGACUCCAAGCUACACGUCCUGCUCAAAGUUCAGCUGGAUCUGAAGAUGUGGAGUGUGAUUUCUGCACUGGGAGAAAAUCCAAAGCCAUCAAGUCCUGUCUGGUGUGUCUGGCCUCUUUCUGUGAAACUCACCUCCAGCCUCACUAUGAAUCUCCUGCCUUUAAGAAGCACAAGCUGGUCGAAGCCUCCAGACGACUCCAGGAGCAGAUCUGCUCUCAGCAUGACAAACUGCUGGAGGUUUACUGUCGCACUGACCAGCAGUGUAUCUGCAUGUUGUGUACCAUGGAUGAACAUAAAGGACAUGAUACAGUAUCAGCUGCAGCAGGAAGAGCUGAGACACAGAGUCAGUUGUUGGAAAUGCAGGAAAAAUCCAAGCAGAGAAUCCAGGGGAGAGAGAAGGAGCUUCAGGAACUGAGGGAUGCUGUGGAGACUCUCAAGUGCUCUGCACAAACAGCAGUGCAGGAAAGUGAGAGGAUCUUUACUGAACUGAUCAAAUCCAUUGAGAUAAAACGCUCUGAAAUGACAGACCUGAUCAGAGCUCAGGAGGAAGCUGCAGUGAGUCGAGCUGAAGAAUUUAUGAAGCAACUGGAGCAGGAGAUUGCAGACCUGCAGAAGAGAGACGUUGAGAUGGAGGAGCUUUCACACACAGAAGAUCCCAUCCAUUUCCUCCAGAGUUUUCAGUCUGUCUCGACCCCAACUGGACCUACAGACUUGCCCACCAUCACAUUAAGUUCUCUGCUAACUUUUGAGGAUGUAAUAAAGUCUGUGUCUCAGCUGAGAGAGAAACUAGAAGAUUGCUGUAAAGAUGAGUUUGAGAAGAUAUCAAGUGGAGUGAGGGAUGUCCAGAUCAUUCCACCUCCUGUUGCCUUUUCUGUUCCUGUUACCUUUCCUGUUCCCAUUCCUAAACCCCAAAGCAGACGAAGACGGAGGACACAUUAUUUUUAUUAAAAUGAAGACUGUCAUCUAUAACUUGGCAGAAGUGAGAAACCUGCAGAUCAAUAACUAGUGACACUCUGUGACAACUCACACUUUACAGCACUCCUCAGUCUACAGUCUCUCUUUCUUUUUGUCAUUUAAUCACAAUUUCUCUUCUUACAUGUGCAUAUUGUGGAAAAAUCUGUAAUCUUUAUAGGAAUGAAUAAGAAUUUAAGGAUGUUUAUCUUGGAUUUGUUGAUAUAUAUUGAUAAAAUGUAUACUUACAACAAAUGUAUAACUGCUUUGGUUUUGGUCACUCUUACACAAAAUAUAUUAAUGUUGUUCUAGUAGUUCAGUGUAUAACGUUUUUUCAAACAACAAUUAAAGAACUCUGUAUUGGUGGUGAUUAAACUUUAUCAUUUUCAUAUUAGAAAAAGUCUUACAGUGGAUCAGAGAUGUUUCCUUAAAGCAAAUGUAAAAUGGAAUUUGACGUGUGCUUUGCUUUCUGAAGACUAUUCUUCACCUAUAUAUUUUUCUCCCCAAAAAUUUAAAAGAUGUUCUUGUAAUAACCGACCUGAAAAUUUUAAAGCAGUUGUUUCACCAAAGUGUACUUUGUGUUAUUCUGACCCAGAAGCUUUUAUUAAUGUAUUUUUCCAAGAUUAAAAAGUUUUUUUGCUUAUAGCUUCAAAUUUUCUUAGCUUUAUUCAUUGAGAUGAUAUAAAUAGUUUUGUUUGUAUUGUGAUGCAGUUUCAUCUGUAAUCAGCAGUGCUGUGCAAUUAUUUUAUAUUGAGUCAAAUGUUCUAUGAAGCUACUAAAAAUAUACAAUAAAAACAACUGUGCUCUGCUA